AUGUCAGCUAUCAUCAAUCAACUUAACCAAGGCGCCGUGCCUGGCGCCGUCUCCAAUGUUUGCCCUCCAGGUACCAAGUUCCAUGUCUUGGAAGUAGGAUGGCUAGAGUGUGACGAAGCUUUCGUCCUCCGGGGUAGUAACACCAGUCUCAAAAGCACAGAAGGCCAGUCUUUUGUCAACAAACGUCGACAGAUGCCCAUGUACUGCAUCUUGAUUGAUCAUCCGCAUGAAGGCCUGAUUCUCUGGGAAACGGGUUCUGGCAAGGACUACCCUACAGUUUGGGGACCCGCUGCGUCUGAUGUUUUCGCCCGCGUGAACUAUGAGCCGCGUCACGAACUUCGGGCGGCAGUUGAAGCCACUGGAAACAAAAUCGAAGAUAUCAAGAAGAUCAUCAUUGGCCACCUUCAUCUCGACCAUGCGGGAGGUCUCGAUGAGUUCUUGGACACAACUGAUGUCGAGAUCUGGGUCCAUGAGCGGGAAUUCAAUUCUGCCUUCUGGUCCGUUGCUACUGGUGCUGAUGUUGGCGUCUAUCUACCUCACUAUCUCAAGUUGUCCUUAAAUUGGAAAACAUUCAAUGACCAAACCUUCGACUUCUGUCAGGGAAUCACUCUGCACCACCUGCCAGGCCACACGGAUGGUCUAAUUGGAAUGCAGAUAAACAUGCCAGAGACAGGCACGUUCUUCUUCAUCAGCGACCAUUGCCAUGUUAUGGAGAAUUGGGUCGAUGGGAUUCCUCAUGGUUGGCUUGCCCGUGACCACCCAUCGUGGUUCCGGAGCACGCAAAGGCUCAAGCAGCUCGAGCGUAUCACAAAGGGGCAAAUUAUCCCUGGCCAUGACAAGGAAACCCUCUUAAAUCUUCAGAAGCAAGCCAAGGUAUUCACUUAG